GCAGUAGUCGGUUAUAGAGCAGCCAAAUGAACGUUUGUGUCUGCUUAUGUCGUGUAUAGUAAUGGGCUACGUGUGUUAAAAAUUCAUUAUCAAGUAAGUUUACUAUAAAUAGCGUGAUUAUUGGGUAUCUUUAACAGUGAUUGAGGUGUUAUUUUAUAUGAUUUAUGUGGGUGAAUAGUGUAGAUAGAAAUAUUCCACAUCACACACGUGCCUUGGAUUAAAAAAAUAUCUUUUUGUGUCCUUAAUUUUUUGUGUUUAGUUGGUUAGUGUUUCUCAAUUUACUACGAAUUAACUCAAUAGUGGAUAACUUUAGCGGCAAAUAAAGACGAUAUUAUUACUUUGGGAGAAAGGUGGUUCUCAUUUUAGGAUUAAGAUGUCACAUCACAGUGAAGACAACAUGCUGAUAGCAACGUCAGAUUCAUUUUGGGAACCAGGCAACUACAAACGAACGACCAAAAGGAUUGAAGACGGCCAUAAAUUGUGUGAUAAUUUGAUUGCUCUAGUUCAAGAGCGAUCGGAAAUUGAAAAAAAUUAUGCUAAAGCAUUGAAAGCGUGGUCAAAAUCAUGGAAUGAAAAAAUAGAAAAAGGUCCAGAGUAUGGUACUACUGAAGCAGCAUGGAAAGGAUCAUUAGUUGAAGCAGAUCGGUUAUGUGAUCUCCAUUUGAGAGUCAAAGAGAAUUUAUGUAAUGAUAUUAUCCAACAAGUCAAAACAUGGCAAAAAGAUACAUAUCAUAAGUCUAUGAUGACCUUGAAAGAGCGAAAAGAAAUGGAGGAUGCAUUCAAAAAAGCACAAAAACCGUGGUCAAAAUUAUUACAAAAAGUGGAAAAAGCUAAAACAGACUAUCAUAAUAGCUGUAAAACAGAACGAACGGCUGCUAAUCAAGAACGCAAUGCAUCAGCAGAUAGUUCACUUUCGCCUGAUCAGCAAGCAGCUCGAGGUUCUGAUAACGUGAAAAAAAUGCAAGAUCGUGUGCAAAAGACUAAAGAAGAGGUACAAAAAGCCAAGGAAAAAUACGAAGCAGCAUUACAAGAGAUUAAUCAGUAUAAUCCUAAAUAUAUGGAGGAUAUGACGCAAGUUUAUGAGAAAUGUCAAGAAAUGGAGGCACAAAGGCUUCAAUUUUUCAAGGAUGUUUUAUUUGGUAUCCACAAAUGCUUAAAUAUUUCACAGGAUCCAGUUCUUCCACAAAUUUAUGAAGAAUUUUAUCACACAAUUAACAAUGCAGAUUAUGAAAAAGACUUAAAAUGGUGGUCAAAUAAUCAUGGAGUGAAUAUGGCGAUGAAUUGGCCACAGUUUGAGGAUUAUACCGAAGAGUUUCGUGAUAUAACCAAGGGAACUAAAUCAAAGGAAGCAUUGCCGGCUGGAUCUAUCACACUCAUCAAUCAACGACCUGUUGGUGAAGAUUUGCAUGAUUUCCCACCGGUAAAUAAUAAAUCCAGAGCGAAAUCUACACCUCGAGUGAUUUCCACAGACAGCAAUCAUGGUAAUGGAAAAACUGAUACUCUAGAAUCACAGCCCAGUUCAGAGAAAAAUCACGAUAGUCAUACUGUUAAUAGGAACUCUACGAUAACGAAUGGAACAAAUAAUUCUAAACAAGAUACUAAUCCAUUUGAUGAAGAAGACUGGGAUGAGGAUGGUGGUGAGGCUCUUGUAGACACUGGAGAACCUGGAGUACCAGUGCGAGCUUUAUAUGACUAUGAGGGAGCUGAAGCUGAUGAAUUGACAUUUAAACAAGGUGACAUUUUUGAAAAAUUGGAAGACGAAGAUGAACAGGGUUGGUGUAAAGGAAGGAAAGAUGGUCGUGUUGGUCUCUAUCCUGCUAAUUAUGUAGACGUAAUAUCGCAGUAAAAAAAAAAAAAAGAAACAAGAUGAA